AUGGGGGCAGGAAAGAUGGCAGCACAGGUUGGGCAUGCAGCUGUCGGUCUUUAUAGAAAUUGCCAAAUGAGUGGAGAACAAGGACAAAUGUCGUUAAAUCAAUGGAGAGAAAAUGGAGAAAUGAAAAUUGUUUUAAAGGGAGAAAAUGCAUCCCAAUUAGACGAAUUAAAUAGAAAAGCAAAAGAUGCCGGUGAUGUUUUUGUUUAUCUUGUACGUGAUGCAGGGCAUACACAAAUCCCUGCUGGGUCUAAAACUGUGUUGGGAGUUUUUGGAACAAUCGAGGCUGUUGAUAGAAUAACUGGGGGAUUGAAACUUUUUUAA